AUGAGCGCGAUUGAGGCUCUCUACCUCUUUGAUGAGCACAACACGCCGCUUCUGGAGCACGUCUACGCCAACCGCCCGCCGCCCGCCAGCUCCCUCCUCCCCCUCUAUCUCGCCCAUCCCGCCCCACGUCCGCCCUUGAUCUACCUACCCAACACCAACCCGCCCACUCUGCUCUACUCCAUAGUCCAGGACCAGCUGCUGUUUCUCUGCCCCUCUUCUGCAGACACCGAUCCCCUCGCCAUCCUCACCUUCCUCCACCGCCUCACCGAUGUCCUCGAAGACUUCCUCGGCUCGCCCUUGCUCGCCUCCAAGAUCGAAGCAAACUACGAUGUCGUCGCCCAGCUACUCAGUGAAAUGGUCGACGGCGGUAUCAUUGCAAACACCGAGCCCAAUGCGCUGAGAGAUGUCGUCGAAGCCCCCAACCUGCUCAAGAGUCUGUUGGGCGGCGUUGGAUUGCCCUCCUCAACCCCCAGCUCACUAACGCCCUCGUCCACAAGUGCGUUUGGUCUUGGUGGUGGAAGACCAAGCCCAAGACUAGGUCCCUCGCUAUCCUCCAACCAGACAGCGUCACCAGUCCCAUGGCGAAGAGCAAAUGUCAGGCAUACGAGCAACGAAAUGUACGUCGAUAUCGUCGAGACACUUGAAGUCACAUUAUCGCCCUCUGGUCGACCCUUGGCCGCAAUGGCAAACGGCACCAUUGCAUUCACAGCAAAAGUCUCGGGUGUCCCAGAUCUCAUACUACAGUUGGGCUGUGCCGGCGGUAUCCAGAACACCGUCUCCCUCCCAGUCUUCCACCCGUGCGUAAGGCUUAACCAGUGGAAGGCUCGACCUGGAGAACUAUCUUUCGUCCCACCAGACGGCCGCUUCGUGCUAGCAGGAUACGAAGUCGACCUACUCGGCUCGUCCGCUCUGGACGCCUUCUCAGCAGAUAAGUCCGCCAGGAACGCCAUGCCCAAGCUCAGCAUCCCCGCCACCGUAUCAGUCCACCCAUCUCUCGGCCCAACCGGCUCAGACUUUGAAGUAAAACUCCAGAUCAACCCCCGCUUCACCGGCAAAUCCUCGUCGCAGUCCAGCGCCGCAAAAGCCAGUCUAGCACGUGCCUCAGCCUCAACUGGCACCACGUCGGCGCCCGCCAUCGAGGAAAUGGUCAUUCACAUCCCCUUGCCUGCAACCGUCAAGAACGUAGUCGAUAUCCGCGUGGCGCGCGGCAUGGGCGACGCCGGCUACGCGCCCGGCGACCGAGCCAUCGAAUGGCGCGUCAGCAGCCGCGAGGUAACAACCCUCAUGUCGCAAGACCGCGGCGCAGGCAUGGGUGUCAUAGCCACGCUCCGCGGUACCGUCAUCGGACAAGACGAUCCCUCUGCUGAAGACGGCAUCGACGCAGGCGGCCCUGUCUCGUUCUCCACAUCAACGUAUGACUACGAUGACGAUGCCCAUAAUACUUCUUCCUCUGCAAACGCUGGUCUCCCUGCAUCUUCUGGGCUAUCCGGUAAACCAGAUUCCGAUGCAAAGAUUAAGCAGGCGAAUAAAGUCCUCAUGCCGAGUUGUGCUACGGUUAGCUUCUCCGUCAAGGGAUGGCUGCCCAGCGGUAUUAAAGUAGAGAGUCUGAAUGUUGAUCAGAGGAAGAGCAAGGGCUUGGGCAGCGGUGUUACGCCGUACAAGGGUGUCAAGUAUCUUUGUGUUAGUCGCAAGGGUGUAGAAUGUAGAUGUUAG